UAUUGGAUCAUAAACAAUAAAACAAAUAUUAUUAUCAUUAUCAUGAUGGGUGCUAAUGUUGCAGCGGCAACAGUGGCGCUCCUUCUUCUCAUCACGACCAUUUCGUCCUCAUCGCAAGACCCACAUCAUAAUCAGAUACCACUUGGCUCAGCUCUUUACCCAACUACUCAGCCCACUUCAUGGCUUUCCCCUUCUGGCCUCUUUGCAUUUGGCUUUUUCCAGCAGCAGCAGGCCAAUCAUAAUGGCGAUUUUGCCCUUGGGAUUUGGUUGGUUGACGGAAACAGAAGCAAAAACACAGUGGUAUGGACUGCAACAAGCAAUGAUGAUCCGCCACUCACCCCAAAUGCAAAACUCGAACUAACCAAACAAGGUAAGCUUGUCCUGCAGACACAAGAGAGUAAUCAUCUUAUUGUUAAUACCAGUGAAACUGCUUACUCUGCCUCCAUGCUUGAUUCUGGAAACUUUGUUCUCUACGACCAGAAUUCCACCAUCAUAUGGCAGAGUUUUGACUACCCAACCGACACAAUCUUGGGUGGCCAAUCUCUAGGCUAUGAAGCUCAACUACUCUCUGGUUUUGGCUCGUCAGCAAGUAGACGAUUUAUUCUCGCCAUGCAGUUUGAUGGCAAUCUUGUUCUUUAUCCAGGAGACACGGCAAAAAAACCCAUCGAUUCGUAUUGGUCAUCUGGAACUUCCUACAUUCCCAGUUACAAGCAUCUGUACCUUGAUGCUAACCAUGGCUCCCUGCUCAUCAAGGACAAAUCCAACCGCACCUUUCUUUAUUCUGGUUCAUCUUUGUCGGGAAGAGGAAUCAUAAUAUAUCGUGCUACGUUGGAUACUGAUGGAUUCUUCCGGUUGUAUGCGCAUGAUAUCAACAAUGCCAACCUCGCCACUCUCGGGGCGUGGCCAGAAGGCAACAAUUCUUGUUCGGUAAAGGGUAUCUGUGGCCACAACAGCAUCUGCGAAUUCGAUGGCAAGAAGCCACACUGUAAAUGUCUUCCUGGAUUCGACUAUGUUGAUCCCAAGCAACAUUAUAUUGGUUGCAGAAGAAACAUUUCCCAACCAAACUGCUCUGGCAAAGAUUACAUAGGGUUCUAUAACAUGGUUCCAGAGCCGAAUUUGGUGUGGGCUGAUCGUCCUUAUUACGCCGCGGCCAAGAAGUCGCAGAAAGAAGAAUGCGCAUUCUCUUGUUUGGUGGAUUGCAAGUGCUGGGCUGCUCUUUAUACCAACGGGCUCUGCAUCAGGCAAGAGCCCCCUCUCAGGUAUGCUAGAUCCACGGUGCAAGACGAACACUCCUCCGCGUUCUUGAAGGUCGGAAACAUGACGCUCAAUUCUCCUAUGCCUGUGCCUGAUCAACCACCUCAAAAGAGUAGUACCAGUAACAAAGCAAUUCUACGUAUUAUUCUCGUUACCUCCAUUUUCACUCUGAUUUUCUGCUCCACUAUUGGGAUAUCUUGCCAUUUGAUGUCGAAGAUUCGAGUUCUCAAGUACAAGAGGCUCUUGGAGAUUGGGGACUUGGGGCUGAAUGAGGAAGUGGCUUUGAGGAGAUUUUCAUACACUGAGCUCAAGAGAGCAACCAAUGGUUUCAAGCAAGAAUUGGGAAAGGGCUCUUUUGGAGCAGUUUACAAAGGGGUUUUAUACAAGGCGGGAAGAAGUAGGAGAUUCAUUGCGGUGAAGAGACUUGAGAAGUUGGUUGAAGAUGGAGAAAAAGAGUUCCAAGCAGAGGUGAGAGCCAUUGGAAAAACACACCACAGGAACCUUGUUCGCUUGCUUGGCUUCUGUGCCGAGGGUCCCAAAAGGCUUCUGGUCUAUGAAUACAUGAGCAAUGGUUCCCUUGGGAAGCUUCUCUUUGGCGAUGAAAGGCUUCCAGAUUGGGAUGAAAGAGUCAGAAUAGCUCUCGAUAUUGCAAGAGGGAUCCUCUACCUGCAUGAAGAAUGUGAGGCACCCAUCAUCCAUUGCGACAUAAAGCCUCAAAAUAUCUUGAUGGAUGAGUUCUGGACUGCCAAAAUAUCUGAUUUCGGGCUAGCAAAGCUUCUCAUGCCGGAUCAAACAAGAACCUUCACAGGGGUUAGAGGGACAAGAGGGUACUUGGCCCCUGAAUGGAACAAGAACACACCAAUAACAGUGAAGGCUGAUAUCUACAGCUAUGGGAUAGUGCUUCUUGAGACAGUGUGCUGCAGGAGAAACCUAGAUGUUAAUGUGUCAGAGCCAAAUGAGAUUCUUCUGUCUGGUUGGGCCUAUAAGUGCUUUGUUGCUGGAGAGGUGCAUAAGCUAGUUCAUUGGGAAGAAGUGGAUAAGAAUGUUGUGGAAAAUAUGGUGAAGGUGGCACUGUGGUGUAUCCAAGAUGAACCUGUUCUCCGACCUUCAAUGAAGAGUGUGGUGCUCAUGCUUGAAGGGGUUACUGAUGUGCCAGUUCCUCCUUCCCCAACUUCUAUUUCCAUGUGAAAAAUAAAUAUUAUUGUUGCUGCCUUCAUGUGGUUUCGAGUUUAUUUAUUUUUGUUAUUGUUUUUGCUCUUUUGUAAAGCAGCAGUGAAGAUUGAGGUAAAAUAAAGCAGGAGGGUAGUAAGUAGUAACCAAUGUAUGUUGCUUUCCUUCGUUAUUCAACAGUUUUGUGGUUACUAAUCAAAUUUUAAC